AUGUGGCCACAUAAGAAGGGGCUAGGAGUACGACUAAGUUAUGGAGUAUCAGGAAAUGCAACCAUAUCUUUAGAUUCUACCAAAGAUACUACAGAAACAACUAGUGAUGACCUGCUGCUAAUAGAACCAUCAUAUCAGUUUGCCAGACAACACGAUCCCUCAAAGCAACUACGACCAAUAGAAGAAGAAAGUUCAGAACAAGAUGCAACUCAGCUCAUACCACCACUGACUUCAAAUUUCACUAAUAAUUCAAAUAUAUACAAUCGAUUACAACUGCCUCGAAUACCCAAUAAACCCUCCCAAAGAAAAGGGAAUGAUGAACUUAGUGGAUAUAUACCUCUGGAUUUGGUCCUGUCAUUUUUAAUAGAAUCAAAGACAUUGACUUCGAAUAUUGCGUAUGAUCCAAACUAUGGAGAUUUGUUUGUCUUGUUUGAUUUACUUGUCAAGAAGAGAACAUACAUUACAGUUGAUGCUAUGGCUUUUGUUAGUGGAGAAUCAAUGACUAUUUUGAAUCUUUGUAUUUAUGAUAAACGCAAUUUAAAUAAACUUUCCAAAAGACGACAGGUUAACUUUUCUGAUCCAAUACGACAAAUUGAAAUAAUUACAGGUAGUCAAACCGAGGCAACAACAGCUACGUUAAUCUUAAUACGAACCACAGCACGAGUAUAUGUACUUACAUGCACCAAAUCUGCAGAGACAAUGGAUCUUGAUGCGUCAUUAGAUAUAGAACUACGUAUAAUUGGAGAAGUUAAAACGAAUGAGUUGGAAGGCAAUCAAUUUGCAGACGUUAAAUUUAACCCAAUUUCAAUCAGACAAUUUGCAGUUGUUGAUAUGAAUGGAAAUUUUGCAAUCUGGAACAUAACCAAAACACUUUCAGGUAUCAAGAAAUUGAAUCUCAAUAAUCAAAUUAAUCCAGUUUCAGAUGUAAGUGAGAUUUCAUCCUGGAAGAAAAUCUUCUGGAUCCAUAAUUCAAAUCAUCUUCUAGUAUUAACUAGAUCUAAAAUAUCUCAAUAUACAAUUACCGCAGAAACCCUUGCCAAACAAAUCUUGGUCACAUCGAAUACCUGGUCCAGGAUACGAGACUUCAAAAUAAUACACCAACAGAGCUCUUCUUCGGCGUUUCUAUUAACUUCAAAAGAAUUAAUCUGGUUUGAUUUAUCCCAAGGAAAUUUCACUAGACAACUUUCAUGGAAACAUUUCUUGGAUGACAGAGAUCCAUCCCUAAAAUUCAACAUCACCGUGGUUAGAGAUGAGACUAUUAUCAUUAUGAUUUAUUCCCAAAUAAAUCCCAUGAUUAUGAUAUAUACUUUUGGAUUCAUGGAUGGGAAACCAUGCAGUUUAUUAGAUCCAUAUUAUAUGACCAAGGGGUUCAAUCAUAGUGAUUUACGACAGGUCAGUUUAGUUGAAGCAGAACAAGGUAAUUUCAAUUUAUUUGAACUUUCAACGAGUUUGGCAGUACAUGUUAGACGUUUGACUAUGGGUUCGGUUGGUUCUUUUGUUGAACCGAGUUCGAUGGAAAUCGAUGAUAUUUCAGAUGAAACGGUAAUGGAAAAUCAGACAAAUACUAAGGGAUUAUCUAAAAAGAGAAUUCACAAUCUUGUUAAAGAAUUAACUAAAAACUUUUCAAAUGAAGAACCUAGUGAAUCCCAAAUGAUGGAAGAUGUUCUUAGGUACGCUAAUGGAUUAGAUCAAGCUUUGAGUACGUUAAAUGAGAACCCUGAAAAAGCAAAGGAUGGAUACAUUUCACUUUAUGAAUUUUGUGAAAAAGAACCUCCUCUUUCAGUGCAUGAUUUAUUGGAAUUAGAUGAUAUGAUCGCGCAAUUUGAAGAGACGUUACCGAAAGAUGAUAUCAAGAUGGUUAGUUUAAUCAAUAAUUCAUUUAUAAAACGCAGUCCAUUUAUCAUAGACAAUAGUGAUAAUACAGCGAAAACUCAUAUAACUGAUAUUGCGGAACACGUACAGAAAAUAUACUAUCAGGAUGACAGAUUCAAAAAGUAUAAUAAUGUUUAUUCAAAAAUAGCUAUGUCUACAUUACUUGGAACAUCUUUAAUCAAAUGUCAACUACAAAAUUCGUCUAAUAAUUUCAAAAAUCAAUAUGAUGAAUCAAUUAAAAAAUCACCGAAGUUUGUUCAAUCAAUACUCGAAGAAUGGGAUACUCCUGAAAUCAGUGCAUCUCAGGAAGAGUCUCAGGAUGUACUUUAUGACACAUAUUCCACUAUGCCAACUCUUGGAGCUUCACAAAAACAAACAUCUAUUCUCAGUCAACCACAACCUUCCGGAUUCAAUUCUUCACAGUCCAUAUUUCCUGAAUCACAAAACAGCCAAAUGUCGACGAAUUAUUCACAAUCACAAACACCAUUUUCACAAUCACAAAUGUAUUCUCAAUCAAGACCAAUUAGUGCUUCACAACGUAAGAAGAAACGGAAAAAGAAGGGAGGAUUUUCAUAG